CUCCGCCUCUCAACAAGACCGAGCAUAUAUACGAAAAACGAUGGCAACGUCAGGACUCGGUGUUCCAGUCAAAUUACUCCACGAAUCGCUGGGCCAUAUUAUAACAGUAGAGCUGAAAACGGGCCAGCUGUACCGCGGAAAGCUAGCGGAAGCUGAGGAUAAUCUGAAUAUAUCUCUCAAAGAAAUCACUGUCACUGCGCGGGAUGGACGUGUUUCCCAGCUAGACCAAGUGUAUAUUCGGGGGAGUAUGAUUCGAUUCUUCAUUGUUCCGGAUAUGCUGCAGAAUGCCCCGAUGUUCAAACGGGUUGGUCCCAAUGCUAUGAGAGGGAGAGGUAUUGGUACAGCACGUGGACGUGCAACCAUUAUGCGGGCAAAUGCCCGACGUGGUCGCGGUGUGGCGCCUACAGCUUCAAGAGGUAUUCG